AUGCCUCUCAAUGUGGACAAGCAACUUCCCUCUUUGCCCGGAGACUUGAGCAUAGAUCCUGCCUCAAGCCCCACGCUCCUGGCACCUCCGGCUACUGGUGGUCGGGUUAAUAUGGCACGUCCCCGACCAACACUCAACUUCGAGAAGCCUUUAUCAUCCGAAGAGCUUGCACAUCUACGCGAUCACUGGAACGAAGCUGCCUCAGCGCGGCGCAUUCGCUUUCAGCGCCACCCAGUAGAUCAUGAUCGCCUGCGGUCUGCCCCCUUACCAACUUCCGAAGCGGAAAAUGUUUCAGGAAGCAUUUCACGUGAAAACGACCCUUCUACGCCCACGCCUCGGAAACGAUGGGGAAUCUUCACCAGACUGACGGUAGAUGCCCAGAAGAUAGACGAGCAAGCACCAAAAAACCCCAAGCAUGUCCGCUUCCAGAACGUCUUGAAUACAGGAAACGUGUCUCCUGCCGUACAUCCCAUGCCGCGCGAGGCCGCCGCUUCUACUCCCACAGUCAGAAAGCCCACCGGUACUCCUGUCACUCGGCUCGAUCAGACUGCGCAGGAACUGGGGAUUGACCUGAACGAUGGAGGUAUUUAUCUUACUCUCGAUCCCGAAUGGAGAUCCUCCAGCGGCGAAGUCGUCCUCACAUUCUUGUCGCCAAUUCCUGACGUGACUACCAAAGCAUCAAGCACCUCCAAGCGUAUCCGCUCCAAGAAAUUCUCGAACAUAGCCAAAGCAGCAAGAUCGACGCCCAACCUGAACGCGGCUGCCAAAGCUGAUAAACAAAGGGUGUCUCCUUCUGUGCAUCACAUUCCGCGCGAGGCCACUGCUUCUGCUUCCGCAAUCAAACAGCCCGCCAAUACUCCUGUCAAUCAGCUCUAUGAGGCUGUGCAGGAAUUGGAGAUUGACCUAAACGAUGGAUGA